AUGUGGCAGCCAUCCAUUGCGAGUUGUUCCGACUGGGACGAAAGGCAAAAGGAUCAGCUCGGUGGGACUGAGUACAGGGCAUUGAAGACGCUGCGGAUCAUUCUGAUGUGCUAUUUUAUACUCUUCCACAUCCUAGGAAUUCUGCUUCUGGGUUCCUGGAUAUGGCUGACCCCAGAGGUUGGCCAAUCGGUCACAGUGAAUGGGGUCAAUAGUUUUUGGUGGGCCAUAUUCACUGCUGGUUCAGCUUUCAACGAUCUGGGAUACACACUGACGCCAGACUCGAUGAUUUCGUUUAAGAAUGCUGCUUUCCCUUUGAUUUUGAUGUCUUUUCUGAUCGUCAUUGGGAAUACCGGGUUCCCGUGCAUGCUUCGCUUGAUCAUCUGGCUGCUCUCAAAGCUCACAACCUAUGGUAGUUCCCUAAGUGAGGAGCUUCAAUUCCUCCUGGAUCAUCCACGCCGAUGCUUCACGCUUCUUUUUCCUAGUGGAGAAUCAUGGAGGCUCCUAGGGGUGCUGAUCUUGCUCAAUGGAUUUGACUUCACGGUUUUCUGCACUCUCUCUGAUAGAUCUGAGUACCAAACGGACAGCCAGUCUCAGUCUACGUUGAUUUGGCUCGUCAACGGCUUAUUUCAGAUUGCUUCAACGCGAACAGCCGGCUUCUCUGUCACACCACUUGCAGACAUUCAUCCAGCCAUUCAAGUAUCUUUCCUCGUGAUGAUGUACAUUUCUGCCUUCCCAACCGCCAUCGCCAUGCGCGAAACGAAUGUAUACGAAGAAAGGAGUCUCGGAGUCUACGAGCAUGACUCCGAUUCAGAGCCAGAAUCUAGGAACGGAAAGCAUAUCGGGCUAGCCGUGCACAUCCAGCGACAACUUGGAUUCGAUCUCUGGUACGUCAUGCUCGGACUCUUCCUCAUUGCAAUUGCGGAAGGAGGCCGUCUCCAGAAGGACGCCGACAACCCGGCAUUCUCGCUCUUCUCUGUUCUCUUCGAGAUUGUAUCGGCGUACGGGACUGUCGGGCUUUCUCUGGGAUAUCCCGAGACGGAAACAAGCUUGUGUGCCCAAUUCAAUUGGGUGUCGAAGUUGGUCAUUGUUGCGAUGCAGUUGCGUGGAAGACAUCGUGGACUCCCACACGCAUUGGAUCAUGCGAUUCUGCUGCCAUGUGAAUCGCAUCAAGAUGGCCAGGAUGAACGAUCGGGCUGGCUGGGCACUUGGCUCAAGAAGCGCGCGUCGAAUUUAAGCAACCCACCAACGCUGAGGCAAGGUGGAGAGGACGAGGAGGGCGAGGAAUAUCUUUUGCACGCAUAG